AGCUCACAUGUGCGAGCGCGAUCGUCGAUAUCGGAAGUGCAGGUUGAAAAAAUACACUACCAAUGCUGUUCUAAAAAAAAAAAUAACACCAUAUCGAAGUAAAUUCUUGACGCAUGUUUGUGUACCUACAAUGUAAUCAAAUAUUCACUGUUUCGCGACGUUCAAUUUUUUUUCGCGGAUACUGCAAAAAACCGCCGAAAAUUCGAAUAAAUCGACGUCAGAUGUCCAAGUAACGCACACACUCCAUAUCCGUCACCAUGUAUCUGGGCACAGCUGAUUUCGUGGUAUUUGGAUUAACUCUACUCAUAUCCAUCCUGAUCGGCGUCUACUUCAGGUGUUCCGGUGGAAAACAACAAACAAACCAGGAAUAUUUAUUGGGCAAUAAGAAUCAAGGUGUGAUUCCGAUAGCUUUUUCGUUAGUAGCCAGUUUCGCGUCCUCUAUUUCAAUUCUAGGCUAUACCAGCGAAGUAUACAACUAUGGUACACAUUUCUUCGUCAUAAAUGUCGCUUAUCUGGUAUCCACACCGACAGCAGCCAUAUUCUAUUUACCAGUACUUUUCAAAAACAACACGAUAUCCGUUUACGAGUACUUAGAAAAACGAUUCGGACACACGACGAGACUUCUGGCAUCUAUGGCCUUCACCUUGCAAAUGAUUUUAUAUAUGGGAGUGGUACAUUAUGCGCCUGCCAUAGCUGUCGAGGCUGUUACAGGAUUUCCUCAAACAUGGUCUAUUAUUUGUAUCGGAAUCAUUUGCAUAUUUUAUGGCACAAUUGGUGGUGUUCGAGCGGUCAUCAUUACAGAUUUAUUUCAAACUUUACUAAUGUUCGCUGCGGUAUUCGCUAUUAUUAUUGUAACUGCAAUUGACGCUAAUGGAUUUGAACAAAUAUACGAUGUAGCCAACGCUGGAGGUAGAAUACAAUUCUCAAAUUUCAAUAUAGAUCCAACAGAGAGGCAUUCCUGGUUCACUGUACUGAUCGGAGGGUUCUUCACCCAUAUUACAUUGUAUGCCAUAAACCAAGCACAAGUUCAACGAUACGUCUCGAUGAAAUCGUACAAAUCAGCGGCGACAGCUUUGAUGUUAUCUUGCCCUAUUCUUAUUGCCUUCAUGUCUUCCUUAUGCUUAGUUGGGCUAUGUUUAUUUUAUUACUAUCGUGAUUGCGACCCUAUCAAAGAAGGUCGUAUAAAAUCCGCGGAUCAAUUAGUUCCUCGAUACGUUCUGGACAGACUGAACGGAAUCCCAGGUCUGACCGGACUCUUCGUAGCCGGAAUAUUUUCGGCAUCUCUGAGCACGGUUUCGGCAGCGGUUAACUCGUUGGCAGCUGUAACGCUGGAAGACUAUGUCAAGCCAGCUUACAAAUAUUUUUACAAAACCGAAAUGCAAACAUUGGACGCCGGUUUGACCAAAUUUCUCGCUUUAACUUAUGGUUUCGUUUGUCUGGCGGUAGCAUUGCUGAUACGUAACUACGAAUCUUUACUGACUGCUUGUUUCACUGUAUUUGGAGUAUGCGGAGGACCACUAUUCGCAUUGUUUACUGCUGGGAUGAUGAUACCAGCUGUGAAUGAAUUGGGAGCCAUUGUAGGAUUUCUCACUGGUCUGGUGUUCUGCUUUGUGAUGGGAUUCGGAGGUCCGAAACCUAAAUCUGUUCCGUUACCUACCUCUAUUCAAGGAUGUGUUAAUUCAAACUUUACGGCUGUGAUUUAUGGGACUGUUGAUGCGAUUAAUAAUACAGCAACGGCGUCCGCUCAAACUGGAAACUCUACCGACUAUAAUUACUUAUUCAAGAUAAGCUACAUGUAUUACAUCGUUCUCGGUUUUGGCGUCACCUUACUUCUAAGCAUAUUAGUCAGCUUAGUGGCUGGUCAACCAGAAGAUUCUACUCCUGAUCCAGACUUAUUCACUCCUCUAGUGGCGCGUCACAUAAGAAACAGACUUAGACAAGAAGAAACCGUAUACAUGUACGAUAUGAAAAAACUUGAAGAAUUGGAGAAGAGUUAACCACAAAGUCUGAAUUUAAUAAUGGGCUGUCAAUUUUCUUUUUUUUUCUAUUUUCCUAUUACCUACAUUGUUAGAUUGACAACGAUUACAUCCGAAUGAAAAAAAUUUAUCUUGAGAUUUUUGUUUAUAGUUGGUAGGUACUUGUUAUUUGGUACUUUUGGUACCUAGACUUACAUGAGCUUUCAUAAUUAGUAUUAUGUAUUUUUGUAAUUGAAUAAAUUUGUUGCAUUACUA